UGUAGAGCACGUUGCCUGCCCCUGCUCGCCCCCUUCCCCCUCAGUCCGAGUUCCUGGUUGGAUGUCACCAUGGACUAUGUUGUAGCGCCCGAGUCCUCCUAUGUCCAUUCUUAAUGCGCAUCUUUCUUGUCCCUCUUUCCCCCACCAGUCCAUGCCUUCUCUUCUACUGUCUUGGAUGAUUGCUCGGUUUUAAUCAUGCCUGGCAAAACAUCCACUUCUCCUCCCCGCAUCACCAAGUUCACCAACUGCCGCAUCGUCAAGGGACUUGAUCUCGUCGAGCAGGAUGUCUGGGUCGAUUCAUUCUCUGGGAAGAUCCUGAAGGAUCAGGAAGCAUUUUAUGGACUACACCUCUCCCCCGAUGAGGUCAUCGACCUAGGCGGGCGCAUCCUUGCUCCCGGCCUCAUCGACGUCCAGCUCAACGGUGCCCAGGGCUUCGACUUUUCUGUUCCCCAACCUUCAAAGGAACUAUACGAUGAGGGCAUGCGUUCGGUCAACAAGGGCCUUGCGCGGACAGGGGUGACGUCGUACCUCCCGACUGUUGUAAGCUCCACCCCGGAAGUCUACUGGAAGGUCCUUCCUUCUCUGGGUCCAUCCGCGGACAGCCAUCACGCUGAAGAUGGCGCCGAGUCGUUGGGUGCUCAUGUCGAAGGACCGUUCAUCAGUACUGGUCGUAAUGGAGUACACAAGACGGAGGUUCUUCGCGCAGCCUCCACCUUCGAAGAUAUUGUCGCAUGUUAUGGCAAGGAAAAUCUGACUGGCCCAUCGAAAUCGGUCCGAAUGAUCACUGCAGCUCCAGAAGUCGGUGAUAUGCUUCCCAACAUACCCUCACUUACCUCGGAGGAUAUCAUUUACUCUAUUGGGCAUUCGGACGCGACAUACGAGCAAGCCCUCAUAGCCACCCAACAAGGCGCUACCAUGAUCACUCAUCUCUUUAAUGCGAUGCGACCCUUUUACCACCGGAACCCGGGCAUCUUCGGCCUACUAGGGCAAAAUGAGUGCCACCGCCCAUUCUAUGGGGUCAUUGCGGAUGGCAUUCAUUUGCAUCCCACUUCGAUCCGAAUUGCAUAUAACGCUCAUCCGGACGGGCUUAUCCUUGUCACUGAUGCGAUGAAGCUAUGCGGCCUUCCGGACGGCAUUUACGAAUGGACCAAUGGAGAGCGCAUCAUCAAAACAGGUGCGCGGCUGACCCUCGAGGGGUCUGACAAAAUCGCUGGUAGUUCGGCCACCCUUAUCGAGUGCGUCAACAAUUUCCGCCGGUGGUCGGGUGCAUCGACGGCGGAGGCCCUCAAUGCCGCUUCGGCCACACCCGCGCGUCUUCUGGGCUUACAGGGUGUCAAAGGAUCCCUGGAGGGCGGCGCUGAUGCAGACUUGCUUGUGUUGGAUGAUGAAGAGCACCAUUUCUCUGGCCCUACCUUGAAAGUAAGACAAGUAUGGAAGUAUGGGGUCAAGAUCUAUGACGCCGACAAGGGAGCUGCAGCUGCCGCCUGAACAUGCGAGGCGUGGGAAUCCCGGAUCUAAACCUUCUUACUUAGUUUCGGAUUAGAGACUUGGAUGACUGGCUCUUCCGUUCCUCCAUUCUUCCUUUAAUUGAUGUUGCUCUAUAUCUGCCGCCGCCACCGCCUUUCGGCGACAGAAGGACGCACCCCUUGGAUAGAAAUUCAGUGAUAGAUGGAUAAACUGGCUUGAGUUGAAAAUUGGGGUGAUGAGAAAUUCUGCAUAUGGUCGGCUCCACAGAUCUUCUAAAGAUGAUCUCUAUGUCUAUUUGUAUUUUUGUAUAUCAGGUGGUUUCUGCGCUACCCGCAGACGCUAUGAUACAAACAGAUCGUAACGGAAAGAACCACCCAG